AUGGCCUCUGGUGCAUCAAGCAUGGAUGCAGAGUCCGCAAUUUCCGACGACAGUCUAAAAACAUCGGAUGUCAAGAAGGAUAGGGCAGAUAAAUCGAUCUAUCGUGCUCAAAAGCCAUGGCAUAUGGGUUCCGAAUUGCGCGAGAUCCAGGAACGAGAUGAAGCCGGUGGAGAGAAGCCCAAAAUGCUCGGUGUGUCCUGGGACAAUGUCACAGUCACAGGUGCUGGUGGUGAUGCCACGUUCAAUGAGAACGUCGUCUCACAGCUUUUCAAUUUCCAUCGGAGUGACAAAGGAAGCAAGUCCAAGACCAUCAUUGACAAUUCGUUCGGAUGCGUCAAGCCAGGGGAGAUGUUGCUUGUUCUAGGGCGACCUGGAGCGGGUUGUACUUCGCUCCUGAACGUACUCUCAAACAACCGCCUCGGCUACGAAGAAGUCACCGGAGACGUCAGAUAUGGCAACAUGUCCGCUGUGGAAGCCAAGCAGUACCACACGAUUGACUUUGCUGCUCGCAUGAAGACCCCCUACGAGCUGCCACCAGGAGUCGUGACUCACGAAGAAUAUGUCCAGUCCUAUAAGGAUUUUCUUCUGCGUUCGGUCGGGAUCUCUCAUACCGCACGGACUAAGGUCGGCGAUGCCUUUAUCCGGGGCGUUUCGGGAGGAGAGAGGAAGCGUGUUUCAAUUCUGGAGUGUCUCACUACGCGUGCUAGCGUCUUUUGCUGGGAUAACUCGACCAGGGGCCUUGACGCCAGCACAGCUCUUGAAUGGAUCAAAGCGAUCAGGGUGAUGACCGAUAUCCUGGGGUUAAGUACAAUUGUCACACUCUAUCAGGCAGGAAACGGCAUCUACGACCAUUUUGAUAAGGUUCUGCUUCUCGAUGAGGGAAAGCAAAUAUUCUAUGGGCCUCAGAAAGAUGCUGUUCCCUUCAUGGAAGGUCUAGGUUUUAUGCUAGAUCCGGGCUCCAACCGAGGAGAUUUCUUGACGGGUGUGACAGUUCCCACUGAGCGCGUCAUUGCCCCCGGAUAUGAAGCCAAUUUCCCACACACUGCCAACGAGAUCCGCGCUGCAUAUGAAAAGUCCCAAAUUAAGCCUAGGAUGCUGGAGGAGUCCCAGGUUUACCCUGAAAGCAGAGAAGCGGCUGACAACACAACCGUGUUUAAAGAAAUGGUUGCCCGUGAAAAGCACAGGGGCGUGUCCGACAAGUCUCCCGUCACUACUAGUUUCGUCACUCAAGUCAUUGCUGCUGUAAUCCGGCAAUACCAGUUGUUGUGGAGUGACAAGGCGACUCUCCUCAUGAAGCAAGGCGCCACAGUGAUCCAGGCACUCCUUGGCGGUUCUCUCUUCUACUCAGCGCCUGAUAAUUCCGUCGGGCUUUUCCUCAAGGGCGGCGCCUUGUUCUUCUCCAUUCUGUACAAUGCCCUCAUUGCCCUAUCGGAAGUUACCGACUCGUUCACAGGCCGACCUAUCCUCGCCAAGCACCGUGCUUUCGCACUGUAUCAUCCAGCAGCCAUCUGCAUCGCCCAGAUUGCUGCCGAUUUUCCCAUCCUCUUGUUCCAGGUCACGCAUUUUGGCCUUGUUCUCUAUUUCAUGGUGGGCCUCAAGGCUACAGCAGGAGCUUUCUUCACCUAUUUGGUAACCAACUUUAUGACUGCUAUGUCUAUGACAGCGUUUUUCCGCCUAAUUGGUGCCGCAUUCCCUACCUUUGACGCUGCAACUAAAGUCUCCGGUCUUUCCAUUGUCGCGCUUUUUGUCUAUAUGGGAUAUAUGAUUAUCAAGCCUGUUAUGCAUCCAUGGUUUGUAUGGAUAUUUUGGAUAAAUCCCAUGGCCUACGGAUUUGAAGCUCUUCUUGGUAAUGAAUUCCAUGACCAGGUCAUUCAGUGCUAUGGCCCUAACCUUAUUCCGACUGGUCCUGGCUACAUGGGUGAAGGAGGACAAUCAUGUGCUGGUGUAGUCGGUGCGAUGCCUGGUUCAACGAGCCUGACUGGUGAUGAAUAUCUCGCAGCCAUGUCGUUUAACCACAGUCACAUAUGGCGAAACUUUGGAAUUAACUGUGCCUGGUGGGUGCUUUUUGUCGCACUAACCAUAUUCUUUACCUCCAGGUGGAAGCUACUUGGUGAAGGAGGCCGCAAGCUCUUGAUCCCGCGAGAGCUACAGCAAAGAUCAAAUCAUCUCUUGAAACCCAGAGAUGAGGAGGCGCAACCCACGGAGAAAUCUGUGAGCACGAGAUCUGAUGAUUCGGGAGCAAGCCUCGGAAAUGACCUCCUCCGUAACAAAAGCAUCUUCACCUGGAAAAACCUAACCUAUUCCGUCAAAACACCCGAUGGUGACCGCGUCCUUCUGAAUAACGUUCAAGGCUUUGUUAAACCUGGUAUGCUUGGGGCUUUAAUGGGUUCCUCUGGUGCUGGCAAAACAACUUUGCUGGACGUCCUCGCGCAACGCAAAACCUCGGGCACUAUUCACGGAUCUGUCUUAGUCGAUGGGCGUCCGCUUCCCAUUUCAUUCCAACGCUCAGCUGGUUACGUUGAACAACUUGAUAUUCACGAGCCAUAUGCGACUGUGCGUGAGGCUCUCGAGUUCUCAGCGCUCUUGCGCCAAUCUCGCGACACAUCCACCGAAGCAAAGUUGCGAUACGUCGAUACUAUUGUUGAUCUUCUGGAACUGAACGACCUGGAACAUACCCUCAUUGGUAGACCAGGUGCUGGCCUUUCAGUAGAGCAACGGAAGCGUCUUACCAUUGGUGUUGAACUGGUGGCAAAGCCUAGUAUCCUAAUUUUCCUUGAUGAGCCCACGUCAGGGCUUGAUGGCCAAGCUGCGUAUAAUACUGUCCGCUUCCUUCGGAAGCUUGCAGAGGCUGGCCAAGCAAUCCUCGUCACAAUCCAUCAACCAUCGGCACUCUUAUUUGCGCAAUUUGAUAAGCUUUUAUUGCUGGCAGCUGGCGGCAAAACUGUAUACUUUGGGGACAUUGGCCAGAAUGCAAACACAGUUAAGGAAUACUUUGGUCGCCACGGCGCAAUUUGCCCACCUGAAGUCAAUCCGGCUGAAUACAUCAUUGAUGUGGUGUCGGCAAAGGACAGUCUUGAUUGGAACCAGGUCUGGAUAGACUCCCCGGAACACGACAACCUCUCCAAGGAACUGGAUACUAUGGUUUCCGAAGCUGCAACUCGACCUACAGCAGAAAACACUGAUCCGCAUGAAUUCGCUACUUCGCUCUGGACGCAAACAAAGAUUGUAACACAUCGCAUGAAUGUCUCUCUUUUCCGGAACACCGAAUAUCUCAAUAACAAAUUUGCGAUGCAUAUCAGUCUAGCGCUGCUGAAUGGGUUUACGUUCUGGAAGAUUGGGGACUCACUUACGGAUCUGCAACAGAAUCUUUUCACUGUGUUCAACUUCAUCUUUGUCGCGCCGGGUGUGAUCUCGCAACUGCAGCCGCUCUUUAUUGACCGCCGAGACAUUUUCGAGGCGCGAGAGAAGAAAAGCAAGAUGUACCACUGGGCUCCCUUCGUGACAGGCCUUAUAGUCUCGGAGUUUCCUUACUUGCUGGUAUGCGCGCUGCUGUAUUAUGUUUGCUGGUACUUUACCAGUGGCCUUCCCACUUCUGCUGAGCACGCUGGCAGCGUCUUUUUCGUUGCAGUGAUGUACGAGUGUCUUUACACCGCCAUUGGACAGAUGAUUGCCGCCUACACACCGAACGCCGUGUUUGCGUCUCUGGUCAACCCGCUAGUGAUCACCACUCUUGUCUCUUUCUGUGGCGUGAUGAUUCCCUAUAGUCAAAUUGUCGCCUUUUGGCGAUACUGGAUGUAUUACCUCGACCCCUUCAACUACCUCAUGAGUUCCCUGCUCGUAUUCACUGCUUGGGAUAAGCCCGUGCACUGCAAGCCCGAGGAGCUAGCUGUGUUUGAUCCGGCUCCUAACCAAACUUGUGGUGAAUAUCUCAACGCUUACCAACGUGGCAUGGGAAUGGGUACGAAUCUUUUGAACCCAGAUGAUACUCUCGGAUGCCGCGUUUGCCAGUAUACUACUGGUGGGGAUUACCUCCGUACGCUAAACCUGAAACAAGAAUACUACGGAUGGAGAAAUGCGGGUAUUGUCGUUGUGUUUGUUGUCGGCAUCUAUGGGCUCGUGUUCCUCAUGAUGAAGCUUCGGACCAAGGCCACGAAAAAGGCCGAGGAUUAA